ACGGUUAUCCCUAUCGUCCUCUCCUAUAUGUAAUAUCGGAUUCACGUGUGUAUAUUUGUAAGUUGAACUCUAAAUGUAGAUUAUUGCUUUUACACUACUAAUUUGUUUUUGGUGGUAAUGGGCGAUGAUGAAUGUACGUACAUCGAAGAAUCAGAAACAGAAUAUUCAUACAUAGAAGCAACAAGAAGAGGACCAUCGAAGUGGGGUCAGCUAGAUCCAAAAUGGAAAGCUUGUAGUAAUGGAAGAACGCAGUCUCCCAUCGAUUUUGUCAAUGGAAGUCUCACGUUUUGCCCCACUUCGGGUGAACUCAAGAAAGAUUAUAAACCUGCUCCUGCUAAUUUGAUCAACCGGGGACACGAUAUUUCCGUGUACUGGAGAGAUGAUGCAGGAAAAAUUAACAUCUUGGGAACCGAUUACAGACUCAUACAGUUACAUUGGCAUUCACCAGCUGAGCACACUUUCAAGGGAAAAAAAUACAAUUUGGAGCUUCACCUUGUUCAUUCCAACUCUAAUAAUGACACAGCUGUUGUGGGAAUAGUCUAUAGAUUUGGUCAACCCGACCCUUUUCUCUCAACGUUGACGAAGAAGAUAAAAUCUCUUGGGAGUGAUGGAAAUAUAGAUUUGGGGAUUGUUGACCCAAAAAGCGUUGGGUUUAGAAGCAGAUCCUAUUACAGAUAUUUGGGUUCGCUUACAACUCCUUCAUGUACGGAGGGUGUGGUUUGGACUGUAUUUAGACAUGUGCGGACAGUUUCAUGGGAGCAAGUAAAAGCAUUGAAGGAUGCGGUUGAAGAGGGAUUUGAGUCAAAUGCAAGGCCAACUCAACCAUUGAAAGGAAGACCAGUUUGUUUCUACGCUCCAUAG